CAAGACAGAGUCACACUUACCCAGCCUGAGCUCCCCUGUGCCCUGGGCUUUCCCAGCAUUUUCAGGUGGGGGUCAGGGGCUGUGGCCAGGCCAGCUGACUUUCCUGCCAACACCAGCUGGCCAUGGCCCCCUCUGACCCUCAGGGUUCUCCUCUGUAAAAUGGGGGUGGUAAUUCUUACCUCACAAGGUGUGCUGGCCCAACCUGCUGUCAUCCUCCCCCGACAGGGCCUGGCCACCCCUCCCACAGAAUGCCUGAGGGCCCUGAGCUGCAUCUGGCCAGCCACUUUGUGAACGAGGCCUGCGGGGGGCUGGUGUUUGGUGGGUGUGUGGAGAAGUCACCUGUCAGCCGCAACCCUGAGGUGCCCUUUGAGAGCAGUGCCUACCGCAUCUCAGCCUCGGCCCGUGGCAAGGAGCUGCGCCUGACACUGAGCCCCCUGCCUGGUGCCCGGCCCCCACGGGAGCCACUGGCCCUCGUCUUCCGCUUUGGCAUGUCCGGCUCCUUCCAGCUGGCGCCCAGUGAUGCACUGCCACCGCAUGCCCAUCUGCGCUUUUACACAGCUCCACCUGGUCCCCGACUCGCCCUCUGCUUCGUCGACAUCCGCCGCUUCGGCCACUGGGACCUCGGGGGCGAGUGGCAGCCAGGCCGCGGGCCGUGUGUCUUGCUGGAGUACGAGCAGUUCAGGGAGAAUGUGUUACGAAACCUAGCCAACAAGGCCUUUGACCGGCCCAUCUGCGAGGCCCUCUUAGACCAGAGGUUCUUCAAUGGCAUUGGCAACUAUCUGCGGGCAGAGAUUCUGUACCGGCUGAGGAUACCGCCCUUCGAGAAGGCCCGCACGGUUCUGGAAGCACUGCAGCAGCGCAGGCCGAGCCCAGAGCUGACCCUGAGCCAGAAGAUCAGGGCCAAGCUGCAGAACCCGGACCUGCUGGAGCUGUGCCACUCGGUGCCCAAGGAAGUGGUCCAGCUGGGGGGCAAAGGCUACGGGCCGGAGAGCGGGGAGGAGGACUUUGCUGCCUUUCAAGCCUGGCUGCGGUGCUAUGGCAUGCCGGGCAUGAGCUCCCUCCAGGACCGGCAUGGCCGUACCAUCUGGUUCCAGGGGGAUCCUGGACCUCUGGCACCCAAAGGGGGCAAGUCCCGCAAGAAGAAAUCCAAGGGAGCGCAGCAGGGUCCUGAGGACAGAACGGCGGACCCUCCACCCCCAAGCAAGGCCCCUUCCAGGACACGAAGGGCACGGAGAGGCCUUCCUGAGCAAACUAAAGCCCAGCAGCCCAAGGCGACUAGCCUCCAACAGGACCCAGAAGCGCCCCCAGUCUCUGAGAAAGGGAAGAGGAAAGGGCGACCGGCAACCUCAGGUGGGCCUUCCUCAGCAUCCUCUGGGGAGGGAAGGGGUAUCACUGAAAUGGGCUCUCCAGGAGAGGAAGGGACAGCAGUGCAGGUGGGAGGAACGUGUGGAGAAAGGCGGGAGGGAGGCUGUCUGGGCAGUCCUUAGCCUGGGGUCUGAGCUGCCACCUCACUUGUCCUCCUCCCAGGCCGCCGCAGACGCCAGAAGACCAAGGCUGACACCCCAUCCUUGGAGCCUGAAAGGACCUCAGCCUCUUAGCAGGAGGGUCUCUUUGCUUGCAUCCACCCUUCCUGCUUCCUUGCCCUGGAUCUGGGGGCCUGUGUGCCUUCCUAGAAGCAGGCAGUGGUUGAAGGGGGCUGGAUGACCCUGGCCUUGUGGCUGUUCCCUGCACAACUAUGAUGUUUUUAAUAGUACCCCACCUUCCCCAUUUUUUAAGCUGAUGUGAAAAAUGCUGUAUUUUUUAUAAACUGAUAAACUUGAA